UUCGGGCUUAAAAAUUCCGCUUGAUAAGGAUCAAAAUAAUGCUACAAAAAUAGCUUUGGGUGACCCCUCCGUUGAAACAACUACGCCCAUUGGUAUUUUGGAAGAAGUAAAGCGUGAAAUGAUAAAUACAAAUCAUAUAUAUUCCGAGAAAUCACCUUUUGUUACAGGUUCUAGUAGUAGCACUGAUAGAAAGAAAUUUGCGUGCACAAUUGAAUUGGACGUAGACAGUGAAAUGAACCCCCCAAAUCCAAUUAAACAUGAUGAGAACGAAGAGGAAAUCCAUUGGCAUUUAAGUGAGUCUCCUAAGCAUCAGGAGAAUGUGUCUAAUACAAGUAGGGUUCAGAAGAAAAAGAAAAUUAACAAUGAGGAAGUAUAUUUAUUAAAAGCUUCCGAAGACGAGAAUCUGGAUACAAAAAAAAAAAGUGCAUUAGGCAAUUCGGGGAAGAAAAGACAGAAUGAAUUCAAGGGUGAUGAUAAACUCAAAUGCGAUUCGGAAGAAUUAUUUUAUGCAAGUUUUUCACCAGCUUUUUAUCAAAAGAUCAUAAAAGAUCAAAUUGAAGAAUGGCAUCCUAAUUAUAAGAGCGACAUAAAACCGGCAAUAAAACAAAGAGAGGUCGAGCGUGAUCCCAUUCAACCGAUUAACCGAGAUCGUGAGGAACUUAUAAUCCGUAAUACAAAGACUGUAGCAACUCAAACCGAUGGAGUCGAAGAGGAUCAUAAGAAAGAAGAUACGCGUAUCCUCAAAAUUGAUCUAAUAGAGAUGGUAAUUGAAGACGCGAUGACACAAAUGAAUGAAGAAUCAUCAAAGAAUUUGCGCGAGUUAUUGCGUUCGUUUGGACUUUUUAGAGAUCAAAAAAACUCCGAUGUCAUUAAUUUCAAUAGUGAAAGUUUGACAGAUUCAACAUCGACAAGAUUUUCUUCGCUCAUAAAUAUAGGGUCACACGAGCAACCUAAUUUUGACCAACGGAAAAAAAAUUCCGGUGAAUCGUCAACGAAAUCUUCGUCCACUAGAACCAACACUAAAAAAUCGAAAAGUUCUAAAAAGACAGCUAAAAAAAUUGAUGAGGGAUUCAAUGAAUCCUGGAAUACACAGUCAGAUUCUGAAACGGAUGCGUGGAAUGUAGGAAUUUUAGAUACACGUAUCAAUGAUUUUGAAAUUCUUGAUGUAAAUGAGAACACAUCAGUUCCUGGGCUUCAGUCUUCAAGGCAAAAAAAUGAGGUUCCGCUUGGAAACGGUCAAAACACUCAGGGUAAAAAAAAGAAAAAAUCCAAGAAAUGGAAGAAAGCAUGUGAGGAUUCGGAUCUUAUCAGCAAUCUUAGUAAUGGCGGGGGUGAAGUAAAACAGGAAUCACAAAAAAUGAUUUCGAAAAAUUCGGAUUCAUACAGUUCAGAAAGUCCUCCUGUAAUAAAGGUGGUUUUUAACAACGAUCUGAAAAAGUUUGAAUUAAACGAUGCUAAUAUCGAGAAAAAAGGUUCUAAUGAACGGGCUCAUUCAACUGAGUUACACCAAAAUCAAUUGGAAUACAAGAACACGUUACCGCACGAUUUAUCAUUGAUUUCCGAUCACAAUGAUUCUUUAAACGAUCGAAAAUCUCGAAACAUUUCUACUUCAAAUGACCAAGAGUCACAGAUUGGUAUGACGCAUUCAUUGGAAUCAUGGGAAUAUUUGGAGGAAAAUCAUCCCAGAAAUCCGACUGUCGGUUAUAACGGAUGGGAUAGUACUACUGACAAUGAGCAAAGUGGCAAUGAUCAAUUAAGAUAUAAUGAUCAUAAACCAAUGCCUACAAAUCGGUCAAACUUCAUCAAGCAGGAACAAGAUGUAUAUGCUGAUAAGGAGUCAAGAAGUUUUUCUGACAUUCGAAAUCAAAGAACUAGAUCUUUUGAUAGUCAAACUGAAGCAGCAAAUAGUGUAGAGGUAUACGAGAGCUCUGAAGAUGUUUACAAAGGACGUCAUUCUGGACAGGAAAAAUUUGAUCUUUCCAGAGAUUCACGGCAGGACAAUAACACCGAGAGGAACGUUUCUUACCACGAAAAAGUGCUUAGGUCAUUUUGUGAAUCUAUCAGAUACCCUGAAAAUUAUAAGGAACAAUAUUCAGACUUCGAGGAAACACGUAAUAAGUCAAAUCGUCGAGAAUAUUUCGAAUCUUACAAAAGCGAAAGAAAUAAUACUAGUUCCACAUCUGAGCCACACAAUUCAUCAAAGUUCCCCCGGUCUAACUCGGAACUCUGCAGAAGACCUGCUAAUAUGGAUAGAAAAAAUGAUGCUUAUGGAUACAAUUAUGAUGCUGAAGAAUAUGAAAAAGAAUCUCAAUCAAUAGACGUGUAUAAUUGUGCCACGAGAGAUUAUGAUUCGUGCCAUAGCUGCCACAAGAAAGGUCAUUUCAGUAGAGAUUGUCCUCUUAUAAAGUGUUAUAAUUGUUACCAGGUUGGUCAUAUGAGAAAAAAUUGUUCGAAAAGUCGAGACUUUAGUGAAAAUAGUGACGAUUCCUCAUCAAUAAGAAGAAAAAACUCGGGAGAUGACUAUUUUUAUUCGCUUUCAACAGACGAUGAUCGACAACACAAUAUGACUUCGAGGGGCAGAAAACAGGAAAGAUCAUCCAAGCGUAAUAAGAGUAGAGAUGCUCGGUCACGUGGUGGAAGUAGGCCCCGUUGA